UCUUGUAAGGCUAAAAAUCUGAAAAGAGAGUGAAGAGUUGUUGAACAAUGGAGAUGUUCAUAUGCUCCAUGUUAAUCUUCCUCCACUUCCAAUUCUUCAUAGGGUCUCAGUCUGCAACAAUCAUGGUGGAUGGCGUUUCACACUGGGAAAAUCCCACUGUUCAUGUUGGUGACUCACUGAUUUUCAAGCACAAAUAUGAGUACAAGCUCUAUAUUUUCCAGAACAAGAAUGCCUUCAAUCUCUGCAAUUUCACACAAGCUUCCCUUCUCACUAAACAUAACUCCACUUCCUAUGAGUGGCACCCUUCUCGCCCUGGAAUCUUCUACUUCACUUUUAACAAUGGCUCUCUCAAAACAUGCCGAGGCUCCCAAAGGCUCUCCAUAAAAGUUCAUCCGGCAACUAUAUCACCGGAAUUACCUGCAGAAGGUGCUCCGGCACCGACUUCUGGUGGAACAGUGGUGUCAUCUUUGUCCCAUGCAUAUCCAUGGCCGUUCAGGCCUCGCCAGGCUGUUUCACCGGCACCAAGUGCUGCCUCACCGGUUGCAGUACCGAGUCUAGUGCCGGAUAAAGGCGGUGAUGAGAGCGUCCCUUUUAUCAGCAGUAACCCAGCAGUUCCAUUGCCGACCGGUGAAGUUGACUCUACCACUAUUCGACCUUUGCCCACCUCAGGACAGGCAGUGGUUGGGAUCCUAACAGCUCCAAUGGCUCUAUUUUCUAUGGCUUUCCUAGCUUUGUAAAACAAAAGAAAAUGGUUUCGA